UGAAAAGAGGGUCUGCAUAGGGGUUCCUGGCAAUACAUAAAAACUAUUACUUCAGAUAGCACUUACACUAAAUUGAUACACAUAACUAUAGAAUCGGCAGCAUAAUGAGUGACCCAAAGGCGCAAUAUGCAUGCACACAAAGUCAGUUCUGUCAAAUGCAAAGUACCCAAUUAACACUUAUCUGGUAGGACAUGAGGAGGAGAGAAUUACACCCGGCCCAUUGUCCAUCAAACAAUGGAUAGUGAGUGUCCGUCAAUUUCGGGUUGUUAAUUAGUGGCAAUACAUUACAAAGACAGGCUUUGAAAGGUUUUCUUUAAAUGAUAAAAGUGCAGCACUCAUUUUGAGAGCUGGUAUGUUUAAAUCCAGGUUUGAUAGAAUGACUGCGAAAGAUUCCAAUAUCAACACGACUUUAGUACACACACAAUGUUAUAACAUUACAUAUAUUUUACAAUGCCCUACAAUAAAGCCGAGAUGGCAUUUUUCAAACCCUAAAGGCUUUAGAGGCUUUAGAGGCAAGUUGUGAGCUAUAUAGAACUAUGUAUCAUUUUAAAAAUAAAGUGUUUUAUUUGCAAAAUUAUGCCGUAAGGCUAUUAAUAGCAUAUUCAGUCUCAAAGACUUAAAGAGUAGAAGUUUUUUAUAUGAUGCACAGAAGUAGCAGUGAUGGAUGAUUUUUGUUAAGUUAUAAUUUUUGUAUGACAUUGUGUCACACUUCAAGUUGAUGUUAUUUCUGUGCUUAGCCAUAUUAAAGAUUAAAAAAUGUUGUUGCAUACUAGUAAUUAAUAGCUUGCAACGUAUACCCCCAUGCAGACCCUCUUUUCAGACUGGACAGGGUUUUCCGCAUUCCGGACUGGACAGGUUUUUCCGAAAACCCUCCUCCAACCGGAUUACACAGAUUCAGUCAGGUAUAUUUGCAAAUCUAACACAGCUAGAAGAGUUGGAUCUGUCCUCCAACAAGAUAACAAUGAUUCAGUCUGGUGCAUUUGCAAAACUAUUACGGCUACAAGAUUUGGACCUGUGCUACAACCAGGUAACAGGGAUUCCGGUGGCCUUAUUGGCAGAUCUAAUCUCUCUCAAAAGUUUGUUCCUGAUGAAGAACAAAAUAUCAAUGAUCAUGCCUGGUACAUUUGCAAAUGUACCCCGACUUCAACAAUUGGACCUGUCCUUCAACCAGAUAACAAAGGUUGAGUCAGGUACGAUUGGAAACCUACCACGGCUAUAUAGAUUGCAUCUGGACUCCAAUCAGAUAACAGAAAUUCCUGCAGGUGCUUUCACAAAUCUACCCCAACUCAACAGUUUGGAACUGUCCAAGAACCAGAUAUCAAUGAUUCAGCCUGGUGCAUUUGCAAAUCUUACCAGUCUGGAAGUGUUGCGGCUUUACAACAACCAAAUAACAAUGAUGCAGCCUAGUAUGUUUGCAAAACAACCCCGGAUCCAAAUGCUGUACUUGUCCUCCAACAAUAUAACAACGAUUCAGGAGGGUUCAUUUGCAUAUCUAACCAAAAUCAAAAGUUUGUACCUCUGUAAGAACCAGAUUACAACGAUUCUUCCUGGUGCAUUUGCAAAUCUACAAUGGCUCGAAGAGUUGCGGUUGUGUAAUAGCCCAAUAACAAUGCUUCCUCCAUAUGUAUUUGCAAAUUCAACCCGGCUUCAAAAGUUGUAUCUGUCCCGUAACCAGAUAUCGAAGAUUCAUGCUACUACACUUGCAAAUCUAACCCAGCUUCAAAUGUUGGACCUGUCCUCUAACAAAAUAGGAAAGAUUCACGCUGGGACAUUUGCAGAUACACACCAGCUCAAAGGGUUGUAUCUGUCCAACAACCAGAUAACAAUGAUCCAGCCUGGAUUAUUUGUAAAUCUACACUGGCUAAAAGAUCUGGUCCUGUCCUCCAACAACAUUACAAAGAUUCAGCUUGGCCAGUAUCAGCCAAUCACUAAAUCCAACACCACAGAUGCUGUAGUGACCAGUGGUCAUGAUCACCAGUAUGAAGAUAUGGAUAAACACUAUCAGAGAUGGCAGGGUCAGUCUCAGGCUAUCAACAAAAACCCCACAACUGCAGUGACCACUGGUCACGGUCAGCAGUAUGAAGAUAUGAACCAACAUGAUCAGACAGGGCAGGGCCAGUGUCAGACCACCACUGAACAUUUGGAUGCUAGAAAUCUUUCUUAUGGCUCAGGGCCAACUGCCUCACAGCUGAAUUCGCUGUACGCAAAUUAG